AUGUGGUCCGCCUGGUCCCGAGACAACACGCAACAGCGACUGGGAGAGGCCUCCCUCGUGCGGCAGCUGUGCCUCACCGCAGCAGGGGCAGCUGCUAUCGGCGCAACAGCCGUGGCACUGCAGCGGUUGCAGCAGCAGCAGCCUCGGCAGAGGGAGCGGGACGGUGGCGCAGCUGGCGGCGGCGCAGGCGGCGGCUCUGGCUUGCCAGCGACGCCGAGCGCAGUGCAGCCCCUCUUUGGCCUGGGCUGGCCAAACAGGGAGCAGCAGCUGCAGAAGACGCUGCAUGAGAUCGAGAAGCAGCAGCACAAGGAGGCGGUGAAGCAGCUGCGGCGCUGGGACGAGCGCUUCUCGCUGCGCACCAAGCCGCUGGCAGAGCUGCGGGCGCUGGCGCAGAAGCACAACAUCCCGGGGCGGUCCCGCAUGCGCAAGCCGGAGCUGGUGGCGGCGCUGGAGGCCAAGCUCGGCUGGGUGCAGCGGCGCCAGCCUCCGCCGGCGGCGCAGUAG